CUUUGAAGUGCUAGGCACAUCUGUUUCAUUGAAGGGAUUGAGAAUUAAUCCUGGAAUAUACUCUCAGAAGACUGAAUAAUAUUGAAUGUAUUUUUAACAAUAUAAUUAUAAGUUUAGCGAUAGUGAUUACCUAUGUAACUCCGAUGUCCGAUGUUGGAAAAUUGAAGUAUUUUGCUUGCGCGAUUUCGCUGGACAUUGUUUAAAUAUUUAACUUCAAGAGAUGAAAUAUUGUUAUAUCCAGCGAAGAACAAAGACGACACAGAUUGGUAAAUGUUUGGGGCGGUUUAUUAAUUACAAGAAGUAUCACGAGGUGUCAUGUAAGAGCUCCGAAGAGAGACACUCAAUGCGGUAUUAUGAAAACAACCUUGCCAGGUUAUGGUUUUCGGAACUCCGAAGAGAGACACCAAGACUAAGGUUAUCCAAAAGACAGUCGUUCUUGUGACGAAGUUCAGAUCAUAGACAAAUGAAUGAGUAUUCGAAGGGGGACACGUAACAAUAUUAUCAAACACAACAAUGGUUGUCGGAAAAAAGUACCGAAGGUGCCGUAAAAAUUGUCUUGAAAUCAGGACAAUACAUCCUGAUCGCUAAAAAAUUUUUACAGAACUUCUCGUUAUCUUCACCACAACACAAGAUCGCCCCAAGAUUACGUAUAAAUUUCGUAAUUUGUCGAGUAUUUUUCGAUCCAAGUGGACAUCCUGCAGUUUACUGUCCAGUAUCUUAAACCAAAUGAAACUUACUCUCGUGAGUUUUGCGCUACAAUCGAUAAUACGUGAUGAAUGAUAGAUGCGCAACUACUACGAUUACAUUUUUUUAUAUCUUCAAUAUUAAAUAAAAUGUUACAUGAAAGAAAGGGAUGAAUAUUUAAUGCGAUGGGCAUUGUCUCGGGUAUAAGCAGACACGCACGCGAUUCGGUGGAGGUUUAUACCUUCGAUAUUAAAUAAAAUGUUACAUGAAAAAUAUGGAUGAAUGUUUAAUGCGAUGGACAUUGUCUCGGGUAUAAGCAGAAACACGCACGCAAUUCGGUGGAGGUUGACGAUCGAGUUGUUCUUGGCGACCGAACGACAAUAGAACUGAUCCGUCCAUGGAAUGCGAAGUAAAAAUUCAUGAGUUGGAAUGGAAUCGAGAUAUGCAUUACGCUCUUGGUUUUUCGAAACUGUGGUGCCGAACCAUAGGUGUCUGGCCAUGGCAACGAAACGAACCGGCGUCUAUCGUACGAUUUGGAGUAUUUUUUGGAAUUGAGGCGGCUGCUGUUAUAUCGCUAGUAGAAGAGCUAUUCGUGUAUGGAAACUGUGGAUCACUCGCAGACUUGAUAGAAGGCUUAUCUGCACUCUUUAUAUUCAUGAUAACCGCGUUGAAAGUCCUUCUCCCUUGGCUACAACAAGGACAAAUGCGGUCUAUUAUUCAGUCGGCAAUGGAAGAUUGGGCCAAUGUCUGCGAACCAAGAGCUCGACAGAUUAUGGAUCAAUAUGCGCUUUUGGGGCGUUUAAUCUACAUUAUUCAAAUAAGUGCAACAUUCGUUGGUUGCAUAGAUCUGAUAAUUCUUCGGCCUCCUACAUUGAGUACUGAUAGAGCUUCGAAUAUUAGUUCGGCGCGAACGCUCAUUUUUGGACCUUCAUGCUGGGCUCCCAACAGCAUGCCCAGGAGUCUAUAUCUGUUCCACUAUCAUUUGAUUAGUAUGUGCUUGUGCAGCACCAUUAUCAUAUAUCCGGGGUGGAAUUCAUUCAUGGCCAGUGCUGCUUUGCAUCUUUGCGGUCAAUUUGAAGUGCUCAACGCAAGCCUUGAAGAGCGCCCUGACGACCAGAACGAUGUCGACCAAAAACGUAGGAUCAAAAAAUUUUCAAUACGGCAUGAUAAGUUAUUAACACUUGGUAAUCAACUCAACGAGACUGUUGAUUUAAUUGCUAUCUCGGAGGUCCUUAGCAACGGCUUCCUCAUUUGCCUUUCAGGAAUUGCUCUUCUUUCUGACAUUACAAAGGGAAAAUUUGAUAAUGUUGAUAUCAACUUUGCAUUAAGAAUAUCUGUUUGGUAUUGUGAGAUAUUCAUAUACAGUUAUAUCGGCGAAAAACUUGCUAGUGAAGGCGAAAAAUUGCAAAGCACGAUUUAUAAUUAUCCCUGGUAUGAUUUGUCAGUCAGCAGUAUCAAGGAUAUUCAAUAUAUUAUGAUGCGAAAUAAUUCCUUCUGUUAUUUGACUGCCGGCGGAAUUAUCGUAAUGAAUAAUGAGACUUUCAAGGAAAUUACUAGGCUCAUGUUCUCAUACUUUUCUGCUCUCAAAUUAGUGUUAGAUUGACUGUAAAACAUCAGAAUCCUCUUAACAAAUACAGAAUUCGAUUAAGUUACAACAUUUAAGUCUAAGAAUUACAAUAAAAUUGGUUUUAGCAAAAAAUAACAAAUCGCAAUUUUUUUCAAUUUCCAAUUUUCUCCAAAUCUAUUGGAGAUUGAAUCUUGAAAUUUUAAAAUUAUUUUUUUUUAUUCAUUUCAGGUACAUUCGAGGGGGACAUUCCCUAAAAAUCGUUUCACAUUCAGUGAAAUAUCGCAUCAUUUCCGGGUAAAUUGAAUAAUCGAAAAAAUCAUCGGUUGUAAUAUUUCCUAUUGGAAGCUGAUCAGACCCUUAACGCAAACUGUAAUAGUUAAAUAUCUUCUGCGAAUCGGUUUGAUCGACUGCUUAUUUUGUUUAUUUUAUCGCAUCUAACAAAUAUGUUCGUUCCAGAUAAAUUUUAUGUCAAUUUAACUAUAUAGGGUUUUUGUUUGUCCCAGCCAAAAAAACAAACACAGGUCAAAAUUAUGAAGCUGUUUCGUUAACCUCUCUUUAUUAUUUCGAAAUGUCGUGGCUCUUACAAUAAAUUUACAACUUAAAAACAUUUUUUAAAUUCUAAAUUAAUAAAUUAUGUGACUAAUAUUCUUAUUCAAAAUCUACAAGUGCUAAAAUGACUGCCAAAGUUACCCCGGCGAAGCCGAAAGCCAAGGACAAGAUCGAAAAACCUAAAGAGAAG